AGUCCCGUCGAGUGGAUGUGGGAGUUAGUUUCAGCUGCCUUGGUUCAGGGAUUCCAUGACUUGUUUUUGCCAUCUUUACGUGAAAACCUGAAAAUGGUCUGGCAGGCUUAACCACCAGUUGUGGGAAUCAGGGAAGCAUUGGACUUUAAAGAUGCACAGCCUGAUAAUUGUGAGUUCUCUAGUUAGCCACAGUUUUUUUUACUGGCAAAUCAUGAUGAUUUGCUAGUUAGAUCACAGAGUUCAUUGCCAUGUACAAACGAAGUUAUUUCAUGUUCGAUGACAUGAUUGGUUUGAGCUGUAAAGACAUGCGUUCCUGGAGGAGCCUGAGGUGGUUCUACAGAUGAGGAUCCGGCUGACUCUCACCAUGCCCACCAAGAUGGCCUCCAACCAUGUUUGCAUGCACUGGAUCAAGUUGUGGCAGAGAUGUGUGUUGUCAUGGUGAUCAUUUACAAGAAAACACUGGAAAAGAAGGGCGCUGAUGAUUGCCAGGCGCAGACCAUGAGCCAGGGAACAACACUUUUCUCUUGCGGACUCAUGGAGACGGGAAGGUGGCGAGACGUGGGCAGGGGCUGCGCCAUGCAGCAGAAGGCUGUGGGCUCCAGUCUGGAGAGCCUGUGGGACGCGCUGCCCGAGGCCCACCAGAGACACACUCACUGGGGGCUGGAAGUGGGUGACACCUCGGGCGCCAUCAGCAGCCUCCUGCAGGACUUGAGCCUGACCAAGGCCGCCGCCUCCUCUUCCUCCACCACAGCUCCACCCAGCAAGCGCCAGUGCCGCUCCCUGUCCUGCUCGGACGAGCUGGGGGGCUGGCGCUCCAGCUGGCGUCCUCAGGGAUCGCGGGUGUGGACGACGGUGGAGAAGAGGCGCUGCCACAGCGGGGGCAGCGUCCAGCGUGGCCUGGCCGGGGGGCUGCACCAGGCUGACUUUCCAGCCAUGCAGCGCAGCUCCAGCUUCAGCCUCCCCGCCCGCUCCAACACCCUGGAGCUGCCCUGCUUCGCCCAGGCUGGCUGCCCCCCUUCCUCCUCCUCCUCCGUCAGUCUCGGACCCUCCUCCUCCCUCUCCCCAUCCUCCUUGGAACCCCAAACCCAGGCUUUUUACCUCUCCUAUGAACAGAUAUUCCCCCAAGAACCCCCCGGGCCCUCGCCGCCCAGCUCCCCAGACUCCACCCCCGAGCUGGAGCGCCAUGCGGGGCAAGGGGGACUGGCACGGAGCCACUCGCAGCCCUGCGUCCUCAACCACAAAAAAAUUGGCAUGAAGCGGCGGAGACCAGCCGACACACACAAGCAGAGGCCUUCCCUGGAUCUGGCCAAGAUGACCCAGAAACUCCAGAAUUUCCAUAGCCUUAGCUGCCCUGGGAUCACGGGGGAAGACUGCUGCCAGUCAAGCCAGGUCACACCCAUCGCCAGGAGCUCCACCCAGUACCAGACAGACUCCCAACCUCCAAGCCACCAGGGGUCAGACCUACCUCCAGACACCAUAGAGGAUGGUGUCAUGCUGAGCACCAAGUCAUGCCCCACCAUCGAGGACCUGGACCCGGACCCCCCAGGCCACCAUGACGUGACAGAGGGGACGACCAAUGGCAAGGAGCGCGAGCCAGUAUGGACGGGCUUAUGCUGCACCAGAAGAGAUCAGUUGGGGGGCGAGCUUGACAUUGAGCAGAUUGAGAGGAACUGAACCCCUACCUAGUGCCCUCAGGGUGAGGGGGGGGGGUAUAGGAGGAAGAAAAAACACGGAAAUAGUCAUACAGGACGAAGCAAGUGGAAAGCUAUUGGGGCUUGUGCCUAGACACCUGCUUUGAUUGAACACUGUGGAGACGAUGGAGAGCAUUAAGAAGGAGCCUAGAGAGGCCCUCGCUGGGACUGUGUGCGCCCUCCUACCCGCCUUUGUCAAAUAUCAUGUGUCUGUAUCUCAAGAGCACAAGGUGGAGACACACACGUGCUCUGGAGGGGUGACGGUAGGGUACAGAAGAGCUGAAGAAGCUCUGUUGAUUUGACUUCUUAAAGCAUUUCUCUGUUCGCCCUGAUUACCUGUACUUGGAUAUGGAGAUGAUACACAGCAGGCUUGUACAAAUUCUCUACACCUAGGGAUAGCAGAUGUUUCUGGUGACGUUCUUCAAUAGUACACAAUGGGUACAUGACAAUGUGCAUGGAGACUACUUUGAGAGCUGCUGUAGAUUCCUUUGUCUAAUUGUAAAUGCACACACACACAAACCUGUAGCCUGAAGAAUGCCACUAGGGCUUAACAUCAACAGACUAUACAAUUUGGGCUACCAACAUCUUUCUCCUCUCCGUUUGAGAGAACAUUAGUGAUGGUAAUAGUGUUUAUAUUCUUUCUCUUUACAGUUUGUAAAUGCAAAAGUAUGUAAAACAUGAACAUAUUUCUUUACAAAUAAACACAGCUUUAAUUGUG